UCACGGAGUGCACGCGCCUCGUAUGGGCUCCGUAUAUUUCAAACUCUUGUGGCCAAACAAUCACCGCUUGACCCAAACUAACGUCGGAACCAGCUUCCGGAAGUGGUCCGCUACCGAUCAAGAUCAGUCCCAACGCCAGGGACCCAGGACAAGGGAUUCUACGACCACAAGAUUGCUAACCCUAACAAGACCUUCAGCUGCUCCGUCUGGCCGAGAGACAGGUGCGCCGCAGCUACGAAGGUGCGCGGCGUCGCUGUCGCAGUCCUGGCUCCCGAGGACUUCGCCCAACGACUCGCACCCUCGUGAGAUCAAGUAAGUGCAGCCCCUCCCCUCGUCAUGGAGGUAGUAGAAGUUGAAGGCACGAAAACAGCCCCCGAAGAAGUUUCCGUUGAAGCAGGGUGGCUUGUCAGCCACCGUAAGCAACGACAGACUACGCAGGCAUCAUCGCUACUCAUACACGGAUCCCUCCAUGCAACAGCAAGCGCACGCACCGAGAGUACCGAGCAGCCCGCACUACGCCGACGCGCACCACGGCAACCACGACUUCCGAAGAAUGAUAUCAAGAUCGUCAUACACCCAAGAGACGGUUUCAACGUGUCCAAACUAGGAGACGCCCAGAUACGCGACUCAAUACUACAGAUCACAGGCAUUACAACCAAAGAAGCAGAGGACGACAUUUACCGCUCAUGCACGGAUAAUAAUGUCAUUGUAGUUAGCACGCCAAUGAUGUCUAACGCCGAAAAAUACUGUCGCAUCCGCAGUCUCCCCAUCGGAGCAGUCCGCUACGCUGCCACAGCAUACGUCACACCGCCGGAGGACACAGCCAAAGGAGUCAUACAUAACAUCCCUUCAUAUGACACGGACGAAGACAUUACCAACAGUCUCAUUUACAAGAAGAACCCUACGAUUCUGCAGGCCCGACGCAUGGGCAAGACUAAUUCAGUGCUCAUCGUAUUCGACGGAAAGCAAGUACCGUACCAUGUCUACUACCGUGGAGCAGAAUACAAAUGCUAUCUACAUAAGAAGCGCAUCGAGGUCUGCGACAUCUGCGGGACCGUCGGCCACAGGGCCGAUGUAUGCCCCACUCCAACCCAGAAGAAAUGCAAAAGCUGUGACACAGUAAAUCCACCGGUUGAUCAUCCCUGUCACCCUUGCUGCGCGCUCUGCGGCAAAGACCACCCGACUGGUGAUAAGUCCUGCCAUCGCCGCUUCCAGACACCACACCUCCUACUCCAACGACGAUGGGAACGCCUACGACUGGGACAACAAGGAGCUGACCAGGAGAUGGGGCCAUCGACUUCUGCAAAUGGAGACUCAGCUCUGCCAACACCGAAGUCAACACUACAACCGCAGGCUCCCGAACGCAGCAAUCCACGAGGACGCAGUCGGUCUCGUGGACGCAGCCGCUCCCGAGGUCGCAGUCAGUCACAAGGACGCAGUCACUCUGGGAGCGGACCGGAUUCAACACCGCCGCAGCAGCAAGGAAACACAAGCCUUAGAACGACCACAGUGAAAGUGCAAGACGCACCCCCCAAGGUAAGCUGGGCCAGCAUUGUCUCCCACACAGGUCACACCACACAACCUAUAGCAACCCCAGUGAACACAGUUAGUGACGCUACCAUGCACAGCUUCAUGCAGGAGCUCCGAUCCUUACGUGCUGAGAUACAAGAACUCAAGACAGAAAACGCUAAUCUCAAAUCACAACUUGCAGACACACAACCCAAACAUUUACCAUCAAAUGCAGACAUCCUUCCUGUUCCUGCAAUAGAUUGCCGGCAAACCACCCAACAACCAACCUCGCACAAACGCAAAGCUCUCGAACCAAUCUCAAAAGCGGCAACACCAGCAUACCCUUCAGAAGGAAAUGUCAACUGUGAGGCCCUCACUGAGCUGCAACAGCGGAUAGAACGCAACCUGAACGAAGCAUUAGAUUGUAAGCUUGCCACAUUGCUCGACGCCUCCAUUGCAAAAGCUCUCGAACGCGCAAUGGACAACCUCCUUACGGCGAAACUAGAAACGCUACUACUGCCCAGAAUUGAGCAAGCCUUUGUGGCAAGAGAACAACAGCGACAGGAAGACAUGGACGACACGCGCAAAGUGCUUCAAGACAUGGUCGCAACAUUGGCUCAAAAUCACAACACCCGUUUGACAGAAUUGGAAAACACCCUACUCCGUCCCAGAGCAGGUCCCCUAAAGAAGACGUACUCGCGUCCCGACAAAGAUGGCUGCGAGUAAUCCAGAACGUGUUACCUACUGCAUUUGGCAGUGGAACUGCCGGGGCUUCCGGCGAAAGCGAGCACAUUUAGAGCAAUACAUUACGUCUCUCGCACCACAUACUUCCCCUGAUGUUAUCGCAUUACAAGAGACCGGAGAAGCGGCUAAGCUGUCGGGAUACGCGGCAUACACCGCAGUUUGCAAUGAUAACCGCAGGCCCCAAGUAACCACACUAGUUAAGCGAAACAUUCCGGUUAUACAGCAUCACACAGGCAUUGAUACAGCAGCCCACAUUUUUCUGGAGAUCAUCCCGUCUGCAAGGCGCAAGCAACAGAGCCUCUUCAUCCUAAAUGUGUACAGCAGCCCCAGAGAACAACAUAGGUUUCUACGACUUUUCACCAAAGCAGAUCAACUAGCUAGGGGAGCCCCCCUGCUCAUCGUAGGGGACCUAAACGCCCCUGCGGUGGCAUGGGGAUACCCAAUAGACCGCCGAAAGGGAAGACAACUAUGGCUUGACGGACAGAAUCUAGGUCUUACUCUUGUCACGGAUCCAACUUCUCCCACUCGUAUGGGAAACAGCGUUAGCAGAGAUACUACUCCAGGCUUGACAUUCGCAAAACGAAUUCCACAAGCAGACUGGAUCAACACACAAGACAACUUGGGCAGUGACCACUAUUUAAUCCAAACAACAGUUCGAGCGGGCCCGCGAAAUCCUAAGGGUCGUGAACUCCACAUAACGAACUGGGACGCUUUCCGGCAGGCCAGAGCCCUCACCUCUUUCUCGGGUACCCAACCCCCUUACGAAGAUUGGGUCGCAUCCUUGCUGCAAGACGCGAGCAAAGCCACUAAAUUGGUGCCUGAGGAAGCCAAUCUGCAGGAGGCAGAUAGCAAGUUACUGCAUAUGUGGGAAGCCCUCGCCAGUCUGCAACGCAGAUACAAACGCAACAAGCUCAACCGAACGCUCAGGAAACGUAUUAGCACUCUCACCCUUGAAAUCGAAGACUACGCACAACAACUUACUCGUCAAAAUUGGCACAGCACAUGCGACAGCAUGGAGCGGCAACCAAACCUGCCCAAAACGUGGAAUAUCCUCCGUUGCCUCCUCGAUCCGGCUAACAGCAAGAACACACAACAGCACAACUUGCAAAAAAUUAUUCACACCCAUUCUGGCACGGACGCACAAGUUCUUCAAGAAUUGAUAGACCGAUACAUAGGACCUCAACCUACUACACCCGCUCCACCAUACACAGGCACCGAUAACGACCACCUGGACGUGCCCAUAGAAGCAGCAGAAGUACGUGAAGCCAUCCUCGCACUCCGCCCUAACUCAGCCCCGGGACCUGAUGGCAUUACUAAUAAAAUGCUUCGCAACCUAGAUGAGGAUUCUAUACUAGCCCUCACAGCUUAUUUUAACGAAUACUGGGAAACUGGAAACCUCCCCUCACAAUGGAAAGAAGCCAAAAUUAUUAUGAUUCCCAAACCCGGGAAGCGCCUCCUACUCGAAAACCUCCGCCCUAUCUCCCUGACUUCAUGUGUCGGAAAAGUCCUCGAGCACGUCAUCCUCACACGCUUACACAGACAUAUGAACGACAACGACCUCUUCCCCAAUACCAUGAUUGGCUUCCGCCCGAAACUUUCUGCUCAAGAUAUCAUGAUUCAGCUCAAGCACCAAAUUAUCGAUGGCGACAAAACCUCCAGGCUGGACACCAGAGCCAUCUUGGGGCUAGACCUAACCAAGGCCUUCGAUAACGUCACGCAUGAGGCCAUACUGAACCAACUGGCCCAACUCCAGGUUGGCCAUCGAACCUAUAACUACGUAAAGAAUUUUCUUACAGGUCGCACGGCCACCAUUAACAUUGGAGGGUUGCAGUCGCCAAUUAUUCACUUCGGCAGUAAAGGCACGCCGCAAGGUUCGGUUCUAUCCCCUUUUCUGUUUAACGUGGCCUUGCUCGGACUACCGCCUGCAUUAGCUAGCAUCCCCAACCUCAAGCAUAGCCUCUACGCAGACGAUAUCACCCUGUGGGUCACCGGGGGCAGCGACGGGGACAUCCAAGACACGCUGCAGCAAGCCAUCAACGAGGUCGUUGCAUACGUAGAACCGCGCGGCCUGGCGUGUUCCCCACAGAAAUCGGAGCUCCUUCUGUACAAGCCUAAUUGGGGAGGUCGACGUCCAGACCCUCACCCACCCGAGAUAGAACUCCACGUGCACCAGCAACGCAUACCUACAGUACCUAGCAUUCGUAUCCUUGGCUUACACAUCCAACAAAACGGCAGAAACACGGAGAUACUCAAGCAAUUAGAUAAUCAUGUACACCAAACCACUCGCCUCAUUGCACGCAUCGGAAAUCGACAUCAUGGCAUGAAGGAAAGCAACCUUAUACGCCUGGUAACCGCCUACGCCUUGAGCAGGAUCACGUAUGUCGCCCCGUA